AUGUCGAUGCUUACCAAUGCAUUAGCAAGACAUGGUGCUUAUCAGACUGUCGACUCUUACAGGUUGGAAGAAGUGAAGAUUACGAGUGACGUCCAUGUCCCGGACACCGCGAGCGCAGUCCCGAUUACGAUGACGGCCACGUCGGCGACGAGCCCGGUCCACCCAAUCUCGGUGCCGAAGACCUUGAGGUGGAACGCGGCGUGGGAGUCGCCGAUGGCCAGGCCGUACCCAAAGAGGUCCCUUGGCAGCGCGCCGGCGGCAGAGGCGUUCGCCGCCGCGCCGACGUCGUCCACGCCAGAAAGCAGAAAGCGCGCCGGGAGGCGCGAGGCGGUGCAUGCUCGGGAGCCCCCCACGGCGAGGUACUGGCGCUGGCGGUCGCGUUAG